AGUUACCCAACGGGACAAAGGGCUUGCACAACGCGUUCUGGAGAGAUAUCUUGAUCUUGUGUGUGUGUGUGUGUGUGGCAAUGGUAGACAACACAGACGAAGCGCAAGAACAUCAACACUCCACCGAGUGGGCACCAAUAGUCUGGACCCACCUAUCAACUCUGAGGCAACGAUCACCGCUCAUCCAAUGCAUCACCAACUUCGUCUCCAUGGAUCUCAUGGCCAACACUCUUCUCUCCGUCGGCGCAUCUCCGGCUAUGAUACACUCGCUCCAGGAGAUCCCUGAAUUCACCCCACGCGCCGACGCUCUCUGCGUCAACGUCGGUACUCUCACCGCCGACUGGGUCCCGGCGAUGAAAUCGGCGGCGCAGGUGGCUGCGCAGUCGGGUAAACCGUGGGUUCUCGACCCGGUCGCCGCCGGGGCUUCCGGGUUCCGGUUGAAGGCUUGUCUUGAGCUUGUUGGGUUGAGACCUACUGUUAUUAGAGGAAAUGGGUCUGAGAUUAUUGCUCUUUCCAAGGCUUCAUUGGGACACACUAAGGGUGUAGAUAGCUCUGACGAAUCAACCGAUGCUGUGGAACCAGCAAGGUCCUUGGCUCAAACUAGUGGCUCUAUAGUCGCAGUUUCUGGAGCUGUUGACUUUAUUACAGAUGGGCAACGAGUUGUUGGUGCACGAAAUGGUGUGGCCAUGAUGCAGAAGAUCACAGCCACAGGAUGCUCUGUCACUGCCCUCAUUGCUGCCUUUGUUGCAAUUGACCCAUUACAUGCUUUUGAAGCAACGACCUCUGCACUGUCCAUAUUUGGCAUUGCUGGUGAGAUUGGGAUGGAAUUGGCUAAGGGUCCAGCUUCACUACGGAUGCAUUUGAUUGAUUCACUUCAUGGGCUAGAUCAAGCUACUGUUAUUCGUCGAGUUAACAUCAUCAGCAUGUCAUGACACAUUACAAGCUAUGUAAAUGGUAUGUAAAUAAACCAGUUGACUUGUUUGAGUUAUGUAAAAUGCUUGUAUGUUCAUUAGAAGAUGACUGAAUUGACAAGUUGGCUUGUUAAGCCCCAUAAGUCUUUUAUGAUAGGCAAUAUCUGAUUGCUAACUUAUUCUUUUGAAAAUUAUAAUGACCUCGCUACUUUCUACAAUUAAACAAUUGUUGUCUAUGUGGCAUCUUGUUUUUCUCUUGCA